AGUUGGUAAAGAAUUAAAGAAAAUGUUAAUGGCUGAAUUAAAGCAAAAAUUUUCCAACAUUGAGUCUGCUAAAGUGUAUCACAUCGCAACGCUUCUUGAUCCUCGAUACAAAAAAAUUGGUUUCCAGAGUAUCCUUAGUUGUUCACGUGCUAUAGAGACUGUGGGUUCACUGGUAAAAGAGGAGGUGAAAGUGUCAAAAAACUUAGCUAUUGAGUGUGAUAGUCGGCUAGCUAUUAAAGAUCAACAGUCAUCAAACAAAGAUAAAAAUUUCUGGGAUUUUUUGGAUCAAGCUGUACAAUCGAGUAAUCAAUACAACGAAAUGAUGAAGCGGGUGGAGAACCAAUUGAAUUAAGGCAAUUUAUUAAACGGCCGAUAGUAGAUAGAGGUAUUACACCAGAUCCAUUACUUGUUUGGAAAAGUAUCGAAAAUGAGUAUCCUCACGUGUCGAGGAUUGCAAGAAAAUACUUAUCAAUUGUUGCGACUUCAACACCUUGUGAACGUUUAUUUUCGCAUACUGGGCUACUGAGCCACUGCUAACUGCUAAUCAAAUUCGCAGCCGGUUAACGCCAGAUCACUUAAAUAUGCUUCUGUUUUUAAGAUCUGUCCCGGAAAAUUUAUGAUUUUCUUUACCUGACAAUUAGC